UAUUUCAAAAGUACAUCAUGAAGGCUUUCCUCGCUGUGUGUGUGCUCUUCGUUGCUGCAGGUGCGGCAAAGGCAAAACGAAUUGUAGGAGGGCAAGACACUACAAUAGAAAAUUAUCCAUGGAUAGUCCAAUUAGAUACUUACAAUACCUGGUCAAUGACCUGGAGUCAAGGAUGUGCUGCCAACAUCCUCACCGCCACCUACGUGUUGUCUGCAGCUCACUGUUUUGAAUCAGGUCAAGCCCAUGCUCCUCACCGGCGCAUCCGAGCUGGCAGCACGUACAGGAACACCGGUGGUGUCGUCCACUACAUCUCGACUGUGCUCAACCACCCAGAAUACAGAGUUGCAUCCAGAUUCGAUGGUGACAUCACCCUCGUGAAACUCUCCACUCCUCUAAUUUUCACGUCGAAAAUCCAAAGGGGCACAAUCAUAGUUCAAGACGGCUAUAUCCCUGACGGUCUUCGUGUUGUACAUGCUGGAUGGGGAACUACUACGUGGGGAGGUGUGGCGGCCCGAAUCCUUCAAGAUGUAGAGGUUAACGUGAUCAACAAUGAACUGUGCGCUAGUCGGUAUUUACAGUUGGAUCGAAACAGCAUCGUUACCAAAAACAUGAUCUGCGUUGGCUUAUUGGACGUCGGUGGUCGCGAUGCCUGCCAAGGUGAUUCUGGAGGCCCACUCUACUACGAGGAGCUCAUCAUCGGCAUCGUUUCUUGGGGACACAGAUGUGCCAACGACACUUUCCCCGGAGUCAACACCGCUGUUGCAUCUUAUACAAACUGGAUUGUCGCAAAUGCUGUUUAAUUUAGUACAAAUUUGUUUUAUUUGUGUAAUAAAUGUCUUCUGUACAUAAUAAAUAAUUUGACGAGGUUU